AAGUAGCAUAUCAACGGUAAGUGAGAAAGACAAUUUCAGAAAGGAAAAAAUAUUACUAAGACCACAUUUUAUAUUAAAUCCAACGGCCUAAACGAUUCUUUCACUGAAACAAUUUUUUUUAAUCUCACUUGCACAAAGAUUCAUUAUCACCGGUCACCGCCCUCUUUAGAGAAGAUUAAUGUUUCUUCUUUAAGAUAAUAAGAUUGGAUUAGAAAAAGUGUACUGGAAAUAAAGACAAAACUAGUAAGCAUCUGAGAAGACAACGGAUACUUGUAGCUUUUUUAUUCAACUUUAAUAAUCUCUUACAAACAAGAGACCGUUGAGAUAUAGAUUUAUAGUCUUUUUGUUCACACUAGUUUAGUAUCGAAGUAAACAACAGAUUUGGAUUGUGAUCACUCUCUCUCUCUCUCUCAAUCUCACUAUUUCUUCUUCCCUAGUCCUUGUCUUUAAUGGCCGAAACCCUUGAACCAACCCUCGUCGGGGAAAUCGACACUUCUGCGCCGUUCGAGUCGGUGAGAGAAGCCGCCACUCGCUUUGGGGGCUUUGGUUUCUGGAAACCAUCUUCCCUUAACAUCUCCGAACCUUCUCAGAACGAUGUGGACGAAGCUGGUAUGGUUGCGAAAGCGAGUGAGUUAGAGAAGGAACUGGUUGAGAAAGAAGGAGAAACUUUAAAGGUGUUGAAGUUGCUCGAGUCGACCAAAGCCAUUGUUGAAAAGCUCAAAUCAAAGCUACAGAACAAGGAAGAUAAAGAAAACUUUGACAUGAAUGUUUUCAAGGAACUGAGCCAAGCGAAGAUGGAUCUGUGCAAGACUACUAAAGAUUUGGCUGCUAUUCGCGAGUCUGUUGAGUUACUGAACAAGAGACUGGAAGAGGAAAGAGCUGCACUUGAGAAGACACGAGAGAGACUAAACUCUGAGAAUGCAGCUGAAAUAUCCAAGGAGAUUCAGAGAUUAAGCUACGAGGCUUACGAGUUUUGUAGAACAGGAGAGAAUGUUCGGUGUGCGGUUGAUAAAGCUGUGGUGGAGAUUGAACAAACGAGAAACAAGAUCGAAGCUGCUGAGAUGCGUUUGAUCGCUGCUAGAAAGAUGAAGGAAGCUGCUAGAGCGGCUGAAGCAGUUGCUAUUGCUGAAAUCAAGGCGGUUACUAGAAGGAGAAGAAGCAGCAGAAGAAGAGGAAACAGAGAGGAGACUCUGCAGGAGGAGAUUCUUGAGACGAUUGAUGAAACAGCAAGAGAAAUUAGAAGCAGUAGGAGGACACUUGAAGAAGGUUUGGAGAAAGCGAACACCGUGAAAAUGGAAGUAGAGGAAGGAAACUGGCGGUGGACAGAACGGAGGAGGAGAUCAUCAUCAUGUUCAGCUAAGCUCAAGAACCCUUUUCUGAUGGAUGUAAAUGGUCUGAAUAUGAUGAUGAACGGUGAUGGGACAUCAUCCUCAGUUGCUGUCAUGAAACCAACAAUGUCUAUUGGGCAGAUACUUAGUAGGAAACUACUUCUUGCGGAUGAGUCAGCGAUGAUGAUGAACGGGAGAGUUUCGUUGGGUCAGAUUCUUGGAAAGACUAAACUUGGAGAUAGAAAUUGUGAAGGGAAGGAGAAGGUUAAAAGGCUUAAUGGUAAGAGGAAGCGGUUUGGAUUUGCAAAUUUGUCUGUGAUGUUGAACAAAGAGAGUAAGAAGAAGAAGAAGAAGAUAGCUUUGAACUUAAUGUGAUGAGUAGUCAUUGAAAUUUUCUUAUCUUUAUCUUAGGAGUUGUUAGGUAUUUGUGAGUCUUAUGGUAAGCAAUAUUGUGUUUCUAUUUGUUUUCGGUGUGUUACUUACUUGUUCAUGCUAAAUAGUGAAAUGAGAUGUGAUUUGUUUUUAAAUGAAGCAUACUAAUCAAAUUUA